AGCGCAUGCAGGGCAGGCUUGAAAUGCGCCUGAUCUGGCCAGGCGGAUGAAAGUAGAGGCGUACUGUGGGGAGAGAGGAAAAAAGUUCUCAACAAGGAGAGGCAGGACUACUCUUGACGGAGCCCCUGCAGUCUCACUUUUUAUGCCUCCAAAACACUGUCCCUGCCAUCUUUUUUGCUGAUUUUUCGCUGUGCAGCGUUUCGGAGAGAGAAAAUCCGACUUUUUGACUCGAGCGAAAGCGCCAACACCAUGGAGCUGCUCUGCCUCGAAAUGGACACCAUCAUACGAGCUCGUCCCGAUCCGCACCUCCUGUGCGAUGACAGAGUCCUGCAGAGCUUGUUGACUAUAGAGGAGAGGUUUCUACCACAAUAUUCCUAUUUCAAAGGGGUCCAGAAAGACAUCCAGCCGUUUAUGAGGAGGAUGGUGGCUACUUGGAUGUUGGAGGUUUGUGAGGAGCAGAAGUGCGAGGAAGAAGUUUUUCCUUUGGCCAUGAACUACUUAGACAGAUUUCUAGCAGUGGUACCCACCAAAAAGUGUAACCUGCAGCUGCUGGGAGCAGUGUGCAUGUUUCUUGCAUCCAAAUUGAAAGAAACUCGUCCAUUAACCGCAGAGAAGCUCUGCAUCUACACAGAUAACUCCAUCAGACCACAGGAGCUGCUGGAAUGGGAACUGGUGGUGUUGGGGAAAUUGAAGUGGAACUUGGCAGCAGUAACGCCGAAUGACUUCAUCGAACACAUCGUGAGGAGGCUGCCGCUGCCCGAGGAGAAACUGGCUCUUAUACGGAAACAUGUCCAGACCUUCAUCGCCCUCUGCGCCACAGAUUUCAGAUUCGCCAUGUACCCUCCCUCCAUGAUCGCCACAGGAAGUGUGGGGGCAGCGAUCUGCGGCCUGCAGCUGGAUUCAGCCGACCAAUCACAGUGGGGCGACAACCUGACUGACCUGCUGGCCAAGAUCACAAACACAGAAGUGGACGUCCUGAAGGAGUGCCAGGAGCAGAUCGAGCGAGUCCUGGUGAGCAGCCUCCGUGAAGGCCGGCAGCAGCAGCAGCAGCAGCAGCAGACCCAGAGAGGAAGCAGUGGGAAAGGCCUGGACGAGCUGGACCAGUCCUCCACCCCCACAGACGUCCGCGAUGUCAACUUGUGAACCAGCAGAGGGCGCCGUCGCACAGGAUUUACAAUGACAAAAAACAAAACGACAAAAAACACGAUGAAAAAAACCUCAAUUUCAAUUAAACGCAGAAAAAAAACAAAAGAACAAAAACAUGUUAAAAACACAAGCCCUUUAAACCAUAAAAGAACAAUGCUUGCUAGUUUUUUGUAGAUUUUUUUCAGUUCGUCGAGUCAAAAAGAAAAAAACACCUGCACACAAAAUAGAUUUUCUAUGAUGUUGUAGAGUAAAGCGACAAAUCUGAUGAGAUGAAGCUCUGUGUGCCUUGGAUAUACAGAAGGGAAGCCAAUCAUUCUGCCUUUGAAUGUAUAGUCUGAUCUCUAAGUUAUAUUCAGCCGUAGACGGAGAACGUUCUGCUAGAAGCCGUUCAGAAAACUGCUUACACGGGAUCACAGUGGGCUCAAGUUUCUUUUUCUCUCUUUUAUACGAGUAUUAUCACGAUAACAAGAGAGGAACCGGAGCUUCUCCACCAGCAGAAGGUCCAGAAAGCCGUGAGAACGUUCCAGGGAAGAGCUGGGACCAUAAUAAUGAUCAGUAGUAAUUAUUAUUAUUAAUAUUAUUAUCAUUGGACAGAUUUAGUAUCUGAGUAGAGAUCAAUAAGCUCCUUUUGUCAGGCUGCCUGUGUGUCUGAGUGUGUAGACGUGUUGGUUUUGUGUUAUAGACACGGAUGUUGUACAGUCAGCGUGUGUAUUGUGUUACGUGUAAACUAUAUUAGUGUGUGCGUUCUACGGUGUGCGUUCUAUGGGGUGGCAGCACUUGAUUAAAGUCGUAGAUUUGUGUUUCUGUUUAGUCGGUGGAUCAAGCCGAGGCUCCAGACGUCGUCCGUCCGUGUCCGGGCGUCCGUGUCCGCAUCCGUGUCUGCAUCCGUGUCCGGGCGUCCGUGUCUGCAUCCGUGUCUGCAUCCGUGUCUGCAUCCGUGUCUACAUCCGUGUCCGGGCGUCCACACUGCAGCGCUGCCUUCAUGCAUUAACCAUCAUGGAUCAUCGUUGUCCAGCGAGACGUGAGCCGUGAUCCACACGGAGAAUAUUUGGCGUGCAGGGACUUUUCGUGUCGAGCCCCUUGUCUUUCUGAGAGCAUUGUUCCUGAGGUCACUGAGGUGUUUAUUGCUGCCAUUCUGAUAUGAAUAUUCCAGAUUCCCAUUGUUCUGUGGUGGUGAAUGGCUGCUUUGAGGCUGGUCAGAGGAGUUAUUGUCUUCUCUCAGGUGAAAGCAGAGAGGACAGUGUCUUGAAGAAACUCCUCUGAGUUAAUGAGCAGGGAUGAGGUGCGGAAGACUUAGAGAGGACAGAGAGAUGGUAGGACUGAUGGUGGUGCAGAAGAUGCUGCUGCUGUUAGGAGAUGAGGAUGAUGAACAGAAAAACACCUCACAGUAGAACUUGGAUGUCUGCAUAUUUGGGUGGAAUCUCCAUGAAUAUCUCAGAACGGAUGUCUACAGAGACAGCUAAGUGAGCUUAAAUGUUCUGAGAGGAACUCAGACUGUACGCUUUCAGAUCAUGUGAUAAUGAACUUUUUUGGGGGGUUAGAGGAUGAUAAAAUACUGUCAAUGCAUCUGGAUUCCCACAUAGGGUUGUCUUCAGCUUCCCUAUAUGAUUUCCAUGGCAAAGCACUUUGAGAAGAUGCUCCCCAGGAGAUAAAAUGAAAUGUUGGGUGGUGAUUGGAGGUGAAUGGAUGUUUUCUUUCUUCCUCAGUAGCCUUUUUCUUUGGUUUACUUUGUAGGGCUGGUUUCCCAAUCAUCACACACCCUCUGUCAAGCAAGAGACAAAUUAAACAAGGCUUUCUGCAUCUUCCGAUGGAAGGACAUUCCGAUCAAAAAGAAAAAACAUUCCUGUUCAAGCAAAGUGCAAGUUGAUGGGGAGAAUUUAAGAGAAUUAGAAAAAGAAGGAAAUCCCUACACCUAGUUCUGAUCCGUGGGGUCCAUUUGAUUUUCUUUUGAAAUAUUUGUUUUUACUUGAAUUUUUCUUGUAUUAUCUGCAAUCCCAGAGAGCCCACAGGGCAGCAGGACAGAAGGUGGUCGGAACAUCCAGUAUUUGCACAUGUUGGAGGUUUGUUCAGACGGAACCACCUGAAGCGACGGUUGGUCCGUGUCCUACGGUGCUGGCUGUGAUCGUCUGUCUGUGAACACGCCUGUCUGUCCGUGAACACGCCUGUCUGUCCGUGAACACGCCUGUCUGUCCAUGAACACGCCUGUCUGUCCGUAAACAUGCCUGUCCCCCGUCAGCUUUGCUGCUUCAAAUAAUGGCAAGGGGAUGAUCAGCCGGCAGACAGCAGCACAAACAGACAGAUGAUUUGUUCUGGUUUUAACGGGACAGCGGGGUCUCUACUUAAUGUUUGAUUUUAUUUUCAGUUUGUGACUUUGCUGAGUGUGUGUUUAUCAAUCUGAAGAGAAAAUGUGGGGAUCGGAUGUUUUUCAGUAAAACUGAGCAGUUUAAAGACGUAUUUGCCAAAACAUCCCCAUCUGAAUAUCUGGUCUGACCCCUUUACUUCUUCUUUUCCUGCCUCUGUUGCCUGAUGUAAGCUCUCUCCCAAACUUCAUGGUUGUGAUUUUCUUUUCAGCAGUGUAUUGUUGCAUGUGUUAUGUAUUGAGACCACCUGUCAAUUUGUGUUUGAUAUAUUUUAUGGGGUGACCAGACCCGCAAAAGGGUUUUUCUAAGAUUUAGAGAUACUGUAUUCCAAAGUGAAGAGAGGACGAGGAGGAGGAGGAGGAGGUGUGAAGACAUCAACAAAAAAGUGUCAAUAUUUUAUUGUUGUCUUUUUGCGCUGCUAAAAGCUAUGAAUUUGUUUCAUUUAUACAAAAAAUAACAUUACCUAGUUGUGAUGUGUCACUUGAGUGUGCUGCUAUUUUAUAAACAUUUGUAUUAUAAUAUAAUUAUUUUACUGCUUAAGAGAUAAAUUCAGAAAACGAAGUAGAUGGUGAUAGAAGAACAUGAAAUGAGUAUUCGACUGGAAAUGUUCUUUGUACAGUUUGACAGUUUGCUUAGAUAGCAUGUCUCCUUUCCCCUUUAUUUUUUAUCUAUUUUUGCUCUCCUUCUUCAGUCACAUUCUGCAUCAGUGGUAUUUCCUAUACCUCAGGAUUACUGGACAAAUAAAUCUCACAUUCAUCAGCUAUACCUCUGCAGUCAGGGAGCCUGGAGGAGGAACAACAGGAAUUAUGCAAGGCUUCCACUUGGACUCUCUUGGAGGGGGGGCUCAUUCUGUUUUCUUUUGUUUAUAGUGCAGAGAGCAUUUCUGUCCAUGUUGGUGCUACAUCUUCUGUGUGAUUGAGGGAAAACCAGCAUUCCUAUGAUGGCCAAAGUUCUUUGCUUUAUUCAACCCCAAUCACUCUGAAUGUCUAAAAUAUGGAUUCUGUUUGUGAAAAAAAAGACGUGUUUUGAUCUUAAAUAAUCGUGUGAGCGCCAUUGGAACGGCCAAGAACUACUGUGUUAAGCUCCACCUGUCAUAAAUAUUCCCGUAUCUGGAAGUUUCAAUGGUGCAGAUCUCCUCCCCUCCACUAUAACUCAUCAUGUACCUCAAAUGUCUGUUGCACAACCUCUGUUCAAUAAACUUCUGCUUUAAAGGGUGUGACACCACAUCA